GCUCCGCCGAAGUAUUCCUUCACACACUCUCCGGUACUUAGCAAGGACAAGCCUUCCAAAGAUCCGGGGCCCGGGCAGUAUCCCCAGGUGAAGUCAGAGAAGGACAAGCAUGCCAAGACGCCGUCUUGGAGCAUUGGUGCUGGCUGCCGGGAUGGCAAGCAGUGGGCCGCUCUGCCUGGCCCAGGACAGUACACUCCAGCGAAUCCGGCCUUCGUUUCCCCGAAGUGGGCAUUUACGGCCAGUGACCGCCUCAAAGAGAUGAAGCGGUCGAGAACGCCAGGUCCUGGUCAGUAUGAGUUGAAGUCGACUCUGCAAGGUAAGGACGUUUCCAUAUGCAGCAAGCCGGAUGGGAAAGGCCUCACUGCACCCUUGCCGGGGCCUGGUGCAUUCUCUCCGAGCUGGGCUGGCACGUCCAACUAUGGGUCUGCCCCCUCCAUUGGCUUCGGCGCCUCAAACAGGGGCAAAAUGGUGGCAUCCAAGACACCUGGGCCGGGGCAGUACGAGAUCCCGACAACCUUGAUCG